UUUUUCCAUUGAUGCAGGAGACUAUUUAAUUGGAGGCUGACUUGUCAAACUCACCCAUUGACGCUUACCAGUAGCUGCCUAACCACUAACGGUGAUUUUUCCUCCCUUCUUCCUCCUUUGGAUGAGCUUGCCACAAUGAAGAUGCUGCUGAGCCUAAUUACUCUGCUCUCCGCUGCCCUGCUAGCCUAUGCAGCCCCUCCAACAUGCUACUCCAGGGUGUUGUCUCUGAGCAAAGAGAUCACAGAGUCGUUUAAGGAGUUGCAGACCUCCAAGGCUGUGGACCCAUGCGUGGAGACGCUGCCCAGGCUGUAUUUGGACAUCCACAAUUACUGUGUGCUGACAAAACUCCGUGAUUUUGUGGCCUACCCUAGAUGUGAGAGAGUGAUUGAAGUGAGUGAUCUGAAGGAAAAAGCCCGUAGCCUGUACACCAUUAUGAUCUCCUACUGCAGAAGGGACUUGGUGUUCCUCACCGAUGACUGUAGUGCUCUGGAAAAUCCUGUUGAGACCUCUGAUGAAAUUGACAGCUAAAAUGGAGUCAGACCCAAAGUUGUACCUGGGAAAUUUUCACAGAGACCAAGAGUCAAAAUAUAUACACACAGUCAGCUACAACAUUAACUGCUAAAAUAUUUUUCAAGCACACUAGCAGUAUUGUCUCAGACCUACCCAUUUUUCUCAGCCUUGGCAGGAAAUGAACUGCAUGCCUUACAUACCUACAGAGCUGCUAGAAAAACUAUGGUUAGAAAGCAUUUUUUUUUUUUCAUUUGGCAAGGUAUGAUAUUUCAGCUCAGCCAAAUGUAUAAAGUAUGUUUUGUUUAAACACUAGAUACUAGAUUUUAAAACUCUUUCAUGAAUAGACUCAUAGAAAAUGUAUUAUGAUAGUAUUCUAUUCUGACUGAGAAGUUCUUUUAUUAGAUGGGCAUGGAAGGGACCUUUUUUUCUUGUGUUCUUGUUUUGCUUAAAGGAGGACUAUAACUGUGUACUGACAGAUGUAUAGCUCAUAUAUCUAUGCUGAUAGUUUUUGAUAUCAGACUUGUAAGAAUAAAGGUGAAAGUAUCUUGUCUUGGUGUAAAAUAAAUCAAUAAAUAAAAACAGCCUUCUAACCCAA